AUGGUAUCAAAUAGCAGCAAACCAGAUCUGAAAUUGAGUCCUCGUGUCAAGGAGCUCUUGGACUUAGAAUCUCGGUUCACGGCUGGCGGGUUUGACCCUAUGCCUUAUUUUUUUGAGAAAGGUCAAGGAUCUCUGCUAUGGGACGUCGAUGGGAAAGAAUACAUUGAUUUCAUUGGCAUGUUUAGUGCUGUUAACACUGGACACUGUCAUCCCUACAUCCAGGAGGCUCUUACAGAGCAGUUAAAAAAAGGUAUCCCCGGCGAAUCAAGCAGCGGACACAGCUUGCAAGAUAGCAAGAAGCUGGGGUAUCAAUCAGAAAAAGAUCCCGGCAAACGAUUGUAUCAUUCUUGGAGUCGGGGGUUCCUAUCAUGGGCUCUCCUCGGGGGUCUGGAGCUUGAUGAAUUCAAAUCCAUUGAGGUCAACAAUGGGAAAGAAUAUGGACUUGAUAGCAAGAUUCAGAUGAAUAUCAAUCCCGGUACGGGGGAGCUUCUGGAAUACCUUGACCUAGAGAAAAUUAGAUCUUGCCUCAAAGAGCAUAAAGAUAGGGUGGCAGCGGUCAUCAUGGAAUGUAUUCACGGAUAUAGCCGAGAUAUGAAUGAUGAGGUUCACUACGCCCGAGGUGUUUAUGAGAUUUGUAAGUCUAUGAAUAUCCUCUUCAUCGCGGAUGAAGUGCGGCAAGGAGCGGGAAAAACUGGGAAGUUUUUCAGCUUUCAACAUCUCGGUGAUGACGUGAAGCCUGACAUAGUGACGAUGGGAAAAUCAAUCACUGGGGGCUUUUAUCCUCAGUCCUUUAUAAUGGGUAUGGAUACAGCCAUGGCAGCCGUUGGACCUUACGAGAUGGCUAGCACCUACGGCUUCAGUCCAUUGGCUAUUGCAGCCGCAAACGCAACCAUUGAUAUUAUUUAUCGAGAAAAUUUGAUUGAACGAGGUGUCCAUUUAGGAUAUCUGUGGAGAAAGACUGUCGAAUCUUGGCAACAUCCACUUGUGGACUAUGUUGCACAGAUCGGCGCCGAUUCCAACUUGAUUCUUCGAGAAGUGCAGCCGUCGCGUGUAGCAGCCCUGUGCAUGCAUCGAGGACUAUUCGUAUAUCCUAAAGCAGAUGGAAUUCGGCUCAGUUUCGCCAUGAACAUGCCUGACGAGGUGCUUUUGAAAGGAGCAGCUAUCCUGAAAAGCUGUUUGGAUGAUAUAGACAAAUAUGGAUCAAUUGAGGGGGAAAUGACCCGUUAUAGGACAGUGUAG